AUGGCGGUGGCUACUACCCAGACUAUUACUCGUCAUACGGCAAUGACUACUAUUCAAGUUACGGUAAUUACGGCUAUCCUAACAGCUAUGACUACAAUUAUGGCUAUCCUGGCUACGGUGGCUACGGUGGCUACGGUGGAUACGGCUCCGGUUACAGUGACUAUGGGUACGGCUAUCCCAGCUACAGUGGGUAUGCAUACCCUAGCUAUGGCAACCACGGGUACGCUGGGUACUCUGGGUACGAGUCUUCAGCGUCCAAAGUGAAUGCGGCGGACAGCGGAAAGGAAACUACAACUACGACAACCGAAUCU